AAAAUGCCACCAAAGACAAGGUUGUAAAUUUCGAAAGAAAAUACCCUUUUUAAACGAGGUUAAUAAUCCAUUAAAUGAAAGAAGCCUCAAGGCCUACAGCAUUACGAACAUCAAAAAUCCUUUAGGGCCCAAAUAAUUACAAAACCAAGCCCAACCCUAGAAACUAAGCCCUAACCAGGAUCCGACCUGAUGGCCUAAACCUUCUCAAACAAAGCUCUUGCUCUCCCUUACCAAGAAGUCAACAACUAUAUUAUCUGCUUCUCUCUCAUCUUACAAGUUAGUUUACAACACUGGUUCAUCAUUUUGAUCUGAUUAUAUCAUCAUGCCUCUCUUUUUCUACCAUAGUAAAUCCGAUGCGACCGUUCAAGAGUUGUAUACGGAGAUGCCCAGUGAAACAAAACAGGCUCCUGUUAUUCCAAGCUGCGAAAUUGAACAACACAAAGGUGAGACUUCUUCUUUAGCAGCUUCCAAAUCUAAUUACGAAAACCUUCCUCAUUAUCUCAAAUCCUGCUUAGAUUACUUUUAUACUCUUCCAAAUAUGGAAAAAGGAAAACUAGUUCGGCUUUUGUUGGCUCAAGGUCUAAUACCAGAAAAAUUAGGGGAGAUUAUGGAGGAUACAGCAGUAAAUAUGAUUAAGGAGUUAAUUAGCCUAGGGAUGCUUCAAGAACGCUAUGAAUUUUACAGUGAAAUGCAAGUCUCUGAAUUCUACAUAAAAUCAUGCCUUGUUAAAGUUGAGGAGGAGAAAGAUUUCGUCUCUAAAGCUGCCAAUUCUCCGAUCCAUGCAUUUAUUGAAAAUGAUGGACAAGACCUGCCUCCUACUCUCAAAUGCCUUCUGAUUCAAUCCUUGUUUGCAUCAGUAGAGUACUGUGGUGGUCAUACUAGAGCAUUUUCUCCGGCGUGUUUGCGAACUGUCUGCGUAUUGCAGUUUCUGUUGGCGUUGAAUUUGGAUGGCGGAGCGGACUGCUUACCUGAUGAACUGGGAGUUUUGGUUCACCUCAAGUAUUUAGAAUUGAGAAACACAAAUAUAAAGAAGCUUCCACGCACUAUAGCUAAUCUUCAAAAACUACAAACUUUGCAUAUAGUUCGUUGUUCAAAGCUAUUCCAACUACCUGGGGAAAUUCUGAAUAUUAAACAGCUUCGGCACCUUUUAUUGUGCGAUAUCAUAGAAUAUAGAGGUGGAAUUAGGGUUCCAAGGGGGAUUGGAACAUUGGAUGUGUCUGAGGAUCAUGCUGGUGAGCUAUUUGCAUCAGUCAGAAAACUGGAAAACCUUGUUUCCCUGUCAAUAAAUGCAGAAGAAGCCGGUGGCACACUUCUGCCUGAUUUGGAAGCAUUUUCUCCUCCACCUCAUCUUCAAGAGCUUUCUUUAGCUGGUGGUCUAAUUGAAAUGCCCAGUUGGCUUCCCUCCAUUGAAAAUCUAAGCAGUCUAGCACUAUGUCAUUCUAAUCUCUUGGAGAACUCAUCUUUAGUUCUUCAGUUUCUUCCCAAAUUAAAGCAUCUUAAUCUAUGGGAAACGUACAAUGCAAAGAUCAUUGGUAAAGAGUUUUGCGAGGCAGGUGGAUUUCCUGAGCUGGAAACUUUGAUAAUUGCUUCUGGUGAUCUAGUGGAGUGGACUGAGAUCGUAAAUGGGGCUUUUCCAAGUUUGAGGAAUCUUCAGUUAUGGAAUUGUCUUGAGUUGAGAUUUCUGCCUGAAGGUUUACAGAACAUUACUACAAUUAAAGAGUUGUUUUUGACUCACCUGCAUGGAGACCUCGAAAGGAGAUUGAGUGGAGAAGAAAAUUACAAGAUCAAGCAUAUUUCAAAAUUUUCUUGGGACAUGCCAAUUUCUUGACGAAGACACAGGAAAAGGAAGGUUUGUGACUUGGACUAGUCAAUCUUUUUAGAUUUAGGAUGAUAGAAACUGCUAGAAUUGGAAUCUUUCUUUGUAAAUCUUUUAGGAUUCAGAAUAAUGGAAUUGCAAGUUAUUCUUUUGGUUUUGGU